AUGGACUCAUCUCACCAAUCCCCGCCCAUACUUCCAAUAGCAGCAGCUGCGACCACCGGCUACCAGACCCCCACUGAAGAAACCCAGCGAUAUUUCCCGCAGCCCUCCGUGUCCUCCGCGCCAGCACGCCUGCGGCCCCAGAUUUUGCGCCUCACUUCAUUUCUUCGAAGGCAAGAAACUGACAAUGCCGCGCAUGUAUUUCGCGACCAGGAAGAUGUGCAUCCUAGCUUGGAUGAGCUGCUGCACGUCUCUAGCCGACCGCCAAAGGCUGGGGCUGUCAGCAUUCGGGACAGGAUCGCUUGCUACAACUGGAGCUUUUUCACUAUGACGAUGGCGACGGGAGGCAUGGCUAGCUACCAUACCGCGCCGCAUGGCUCGAUGGUAUCGGACAUUGCAAUCAUUCUCAUGAAUGUUUGCCAGUAUGGACUUCCCAAGACAGGCGUCUGGCUCCUUCGUGCCAUGGAGAUUCUCUUCUGGGUUUACUUGACGGUUAGCGUAGUAGCAAGCGCCGUGAUGUACUUGACCUUGUGGUCCACGCUUUUCGUCUUUCCCAACACAGCCCUCAUUACGGCGACCCAGUCACUGGGAAAGAUUCUCUCUAGCGAAGGGCUCAAACUUUUCGGUACCGUCAUGGCCGGGGUCCUUCUUGUCGUGUGGCUCAUGAUCUUUUUCACCAUGCUGCGGUGUCUGAAGAGGAGGGAACUCUUGUGGCCCAAGGACGACGUAUAA